AUGGUUACCGUUAAGACUAUGUUAGCAGUUGCAGCAAUUAAAAAUUGGCAUUUGCAUCAGCUCGAUGUUAACAAUGCAUUUUUGCAUGGGGAUUUGAAUGAAGAAGUAUAUAUGAAUUUACCUCCUGGAUAUGAGCUUCAGGAGGAGAAAGGAAGGCAGAUGGCUGAUUAUUCAUUAUUUGUGAGAAAGAAUGGGUGUUCCUACACUGCAAUCCUUGUAUAUGUUGAUGACAUAAUACUUGCAAGGAAUGAUCUCACAUAUAUAAAUGAUCUCAAGAGAAUUCUUGAUGCAAGGUUCAAGCUCAAAGAUCUAGGAACUCUGAAAUUCUUCCUCGGUCUUGAGAUAGCUAGAAGUUCCAAAGGAAUCUCCAUAAGCCAACAAAAGUAUGCCUUAAAGAUUUUGGAAGAUGCUAGUUACCUCAGCUCAAAGCCAGUGAAAUGUCCCAUGAUGCAGAAUUUGAAAUUGAGUAGGUUUGAAGGGCAGUUGCUUGAGGAUCCUACAGUUUAUAGAAGGCUGAUAGGCAGGCUAUUGUAUUUCACCAUAACAAGGCCCGAUCUAAGUUGCUCCAUGCAAGUUCUCAGUCAGUUCAUGGAUUCACCUAGGCAGCCACACCUGGAAGCUGCAUAUAGAGUAUUGAGAUACUUAAAAGCCACACCAGGGCAAGCCCUAUUUCUCCCAUCACAUUCCGAGGAUCACUUGAAAACAUUUUGUGAUGCAGAUUGGGCAGCUUGCCAGGAUACGUGCCGUUCAGUCACUGGCUUUUGCAUCUUUCUUGGAGAUUCCCUUAUUUCAUGGAAGUCGAAGAAGCAACAUACUGUUUUCUAG